AUGAGUAGUGAUAAGAAAAUUGCUGUUAAGACCAGCGAUUCCUCCACCUCCAAGAAUAAUGUUUCCAAGACCAACUAUUCUAACAACUCAUCGUCAUCUAAAUCUAAUAAGAUAUCUAAACCUGUAGUAGUCACUAAAACUGUUAAGUUAAAAGUGAAACAAGGCGGAAAAAAGAUCUCUCAUACCCAAGUUUCUAAAACAAAAUCCAAUGAUGUUUCAUUGCUGGAUAAUAUCGAUUCUAUAAAAAAGAUAUGUCAAUAA